AUGAACCCUCCAAACCCAGAGCCAGUGUCAGGAACAAACAUCACUGGGACCUGUGAGCUCACCCUGACCUGCUCUGUGAACUCUGGUGACCACACCAAUCUCAGAUGGUGGAGGGGAAGAGAAGCUGUGGUGAACGACAGAACCCAUCACCUCUGGGGACACGGAGAGACACUGAAGGUUCAUCACACCGCAGAGAGUGAAGCUGUUGUGUACAGAUGUGAGGCCAGGAACCCCGUCAGUGUGGACACAGCUCAGAUCCAGCUGGGGGAUUUCUGUAAACUGGACAAGUCUGCAGAGAGAAGCUGUCUCUGUGGAUGUCGGCUGAGGGCCACAAUCAUUGCCGUCCUGCUCCUGAUUCUCCUCUCAGUCACAGUCGCCGUACACAUCAUCAGCUCCCGUCCAGGCACCAGAGCAGAAGGCAGACUCCACAAGGCCGAAUGACUCCCCGUCACCUCGUCCCUUCUCCCCAUCCCCAUCAUGCUCUUCCUCUCCACUCCUCCCUCCUCAUUCCUCUCCUCCCCUUCCUUCCC